AUGAAAGAAACUGUUCAUUUUAUACGGUGUAAUAUUCUUCGUCAAAAUUGCACUUUUAUUCCGAAUAAUUCAUUAUCUGUUUCAACUCCAUCUUCUCUAUUUUUCCGAAGUCUAGUACAACGGAUAACGUUACGAUCAACACCUCAAUAUACAACUCCACGGCAAACUUUAUCAUCAUCUCGUCAAGAUUUCACAACAACAAAAAAACGAGGACCUAAUUUGGAUUCAUUUAGUGAUAAUUUAAAACGUGCUGCUUUAAUAUUAGCUGGUAUUGCACUUGGUCUUGGUAUUCUUCGGAUAUGUUUAAUGUUGUGUAAAUCUCGUUCUCCCAAUAGGUCAUUUUCUCAUCGUCAUUCAGCUACUGUUCGACCUCAAAUAGCUACUAUUGAACGUCAUCAUUUUAAACCCGAUUUACCACCAGCAUAUACUGAAGCAAUAAUUAAUAUAGAAAAUGAUGGUGGUAAAUUACCAACAUAUGAAGAAUUACCUAAUGAACAACGACAAGAACAACAAGUGAAUAAUAAUUAUGGAAUUACUUCAACACAAAUGUAA